AGCUAGCACACGUGCACAUCGCUUGGUGUGUACGCGCCCUUAUGCGAAACUAGUCGUACCCAAUAUAGUGUGAUCUGUUCUAUUAGUGAUUUUUUAGAUAUAGUGAGUGUGGGAAUAUGUGGCUUACGAUUAAUUACUAGUAAAAACGUUUCGGAAUAAAACAGCAAGCGGCGCAAUGUCGAACGAUUAGUGAUUAUUAAAUAUAUUAGUUGAUAGUAAAACAAAGACAAUGCCAGAAAUAGGGCCAAUGAUGCGGGCGCUCGAGCUGCAGCGGCUGAUCGAAGACAAAGUGACGGAAUGGCGCGAGAGGUCGGCCCGGGUCGCCGGCCGCGCCCGCCCCGACGCUUAUCAAGACCCACUCAACUUCCACAGACGCGCUAACAGGCGCAAAAACAGCGCUCAAAUAAACAGAAUUAUCGCAAAGUAUUCCAAAACAAAUAGGUCCGCAGAGCAAUCGCACGCGACUGCAGAACAGACCCUGACGCCUCCGACGCGCCCAGCACGACACAAGAAGAUUUUCGCCAAAUUGAAACCAUCUAAAAGUGAAGAUAAUUUAGUAACCGUGGGUACUAUGGAGGUUCAUAAUGAACCUAAUCUAGAUAUCAAACGACAGACUAGGUUUAGUAUAAAUAAAUACAACGCGAAGAGUUGCGAAGAUAUCACUGCGUUCGUUGACUUCGGACACACGAUGAAGAGCAAGAAUUUUCAAGAGAAUAGUAUAAUAAACUCGAAGACGGUCUCCGACACGAGGCCAAAACUGCACAGCAUAUGCGAGGACGAUUUCGAUUUGUCGGACUUUAAAGACAGCGAUGUGGUGUUGAGACAUAAAUCAAAUUUUGUCACUUCGACUCCUUUGUCUAAUAGGCGGACUUGCCCCCCCUGUGAUACAGUGUCGAUGAUCAGUUUUGAAAAGUGUAGUAAAUAUUCAUUUAGUGUUGAUGAUAAACUAAAAAAAGGUAGUUCCGAACCAGAUAUGCUUAGUGACUCCUGUUUAAAUUCAAGUGAACAGGUCAGUGAUGCGAAAAGUUUAGACGGAAAGAAGAGAUGGAAGAUGCUCAAACCACAAUUUCGAAGAGGAACAUUUGAUUGCAUACUUCGAUGGCGUGGGAAAAAACCGCAGCAAAAUACGACCAAAAUACAAGAUGUGGACGACAGUUUCUUCGAGAAGUUUGGUUCAAUACUGAAGCAAGUGUCACAAAGAGCUGCGUUAGAGGAAUCCACACCUUUGGCUCCUCUGAAAGAAGUCGAGGAACAAGAUGAGCAGCAGAGUGACGUCACGGAUCUGCAAGGGGAGAGGAGUCCAGGAAGAGACUCCGAUAGUGGAAAUGAGACACUUUUGGACACAGACUCAGAGCCUGAAGAUCCAGAGAAGAUAGAUUUUUACGUAGAAGCGGUUGGUUGGAAUGUGGAUGAAUUAUACUUGGAAGUAUUGUAUGAGAUCUUACACAAUGUGGGCGGCUGCGACAUGGGCUGCGAGGUGGGGCAGCAGACAAUGCUGUCAUACGUCCAGGAGGCCUUCAAAAUCGCCAACGACAAACACACAGAAUUAUUGACAAAAGCAGAGGCUAAAGAACCGCCGGAGUUAAUGCUGAAUGUAGAAGUUGUUGAAGCAAAGGAUUUGGUACCUAAAGAUCCGAAUGGACUCAGCGACCCGUUUGUGACGAUAUAUUUGAUGUCAAACUCGUCACAUAGGUAUAAUACGUCAGUGAAGUCGGGCACUCUAAACCCCUCAUGGGAGGAACAUUUUUCAUUACCUAUGCCGUCAAAUCUGCACGAAGAUUCAUUGAUUUUAGAAGUAUGGGACUUCGACCCAGCAGAGACGGUAAAAGAAAAGAUGACAAAGAUAUUUGAAGUGAAAGGUGUAAAGGGUCUGCGUAAGCUGAUGAAGGAGAUCGCUAUCACUGCCUCUACAGGGAAACACGACAAUGAACUUAUCGGAACAUCCAACAUUCCACUAAAGUCAAUCCCAGCAGGCGGUAUGACGAUGUGGUUCAAUCUGAGUAAGAAAAGCAAGCUGCGCCGGCAAGGCGUGGUCAAGUUACGGCUUAACUUCUCCGCGGAGAAGAACUCGCAGGUCGCCUCGCAGGAGCACCGACAUCUGCUCAGGAUUCUGCUGUUGCACGAGCUUGAAACGUCAAAGGUGGCGCCGUACUGGUGGUGCGGUAACUUCAGCGCUCCCGCCGAGGCUAUCCUCACGCAGCAUGCGGCGCAGAGCGGCCUCAGCCAGACCGACAACUGGCUGGCGCAGUGGACGGUCUACUGCGCAGUCACUACCAACCACCCUCUUAGCUUCGCACUCUUCAAUCAGCUGCUGGAAAAAGUCACAAAACCUUUGCAGGCCGGUCUAGUCAAUGAAGAGGACGUCAAGCUAUUCUGGGACGGUGCGAAGAAGUUGCUCCCAACUUGUUACAGCCACAUUAGGAAAUUGAGAAAGAAGACUGCCGGUGAUAAGACUGUGAUGAAGACCCUCAGAGAAGUUCUGAAGGUCCUCUAUCGCCUUUCUGUCCUCGACGUGCCGGAAUCACUGGACUUGUUCCCCGUUAAUUUGUACGGCUGGUUGAGGGACGCUGACGAUGGUACGAAGUUGUCAAUCCAAGAAGUUUUACACCAAGCGGCGGUGCAAGGGGCGUCGGACUGGUUCGUCCAUAUAUUAGACAAUAACGAAUGCAAAGACCGGACUGAGGACUCGAGGUUGCAGCAUUUGAUCAGGGUUAUACAGUUGGUGCGUUCAGACCUGCAGCGCGCAGUCGAAUACUUCGAUAGAGUCUUCAUAGAAGUGAUGAGUUUUCCUUAUUCUAAAAUCUUAUACGGUGUAUACGAGAAUAAGAUAGCUUCGUUGGUUGAGCCUGAAGUGAUCCAAGUGUGUAAGAGCCUUAAGCGGCUGCAGUACAAUGAAGGGUCAACAAACAGUGUGCACUUGGCCGGUGGCCUGAACGGGGACACCCCGCUCGGAGCGCCGCGAGUUAGUAACGAGCCAUUGACUAUGGGAACCACACUUUUCGAACUGUAUCUAACGUUACAGAGGUUUUUAGCUCUUGGCCAAGGUUUGAACGAAACCGAUUGGGGUACAUAUUCAAUAUCCAAGUUCCACUCUUGGUUUUACGGAGGAGUUGCACAGUGGUUGGAUAUAGCCGCAUUUAAAGCACUUUCUCGUAUAGAAAAGGCAGUAGAGAUAGAUAACCUAGUACCGGUGGACACUAACGUGAAGUACAGCAGUUCAGGGGUGGACACGCUGGCUAUCUUCUAUCAGAUCAAGAUAUUCUGGCAGCAACUCGCUUGGCCAGAUGUUGAAGGAUGUUACACAUUCGUUGCGAAGAUCAUUGACGACAUCUGCCGUUGUUGCGUGUUCUACUCGGACAAGAUGUGCGGGCGCGUGGAGAGCGAGGGCCGCGUGAGCACGGCGCGGGAGGAGCGCUUCGAGGUGACGACGCAGUGGUGCCUCGCCAUCAACAACAUCGACUACGUGCGUCAGAGCCUGCGCCCCUUCGUGCACGAGCUCGGCAUGGACGACAUCAUCAACACCAUGUGUGAAGCCAGGUCCCCCUUGGAAGCGCAGAGAUGCAAGGAGACACUCCAAAAUGUAAUAGAAAAUGCAAUAGACACGGUUAAGAACAAAAUCGUAGAGCUGUUAGAAGUUAUGGUGAAAAAGAUGAUGCCAUCUAUCACACGUUUCCUGAUAGAAGGAGCGGAACUGCUGCACCAGAACUGCUCCAGCAUGGACCGAGUGCUGCGAUACCUGGAGGCCAACCUUGACACUCUCUACCAGCAUCUGAACAAUGAGAACUUCUCCAGAACAUUGGAUAUAGUAUGGGAACAACUUGGUGAAGUCUUAUAUGAACUAGUACAAGCCAAUUUAGAGCACCGAAGGGCAAAGAUAACUCGCUAUAUCGACCCGAGACGCUUGACCAAGUCAACAGCCGCCCAUUUGGACGCGAAACGUCGGCCGCCAUCUUUCUUUUCAAAUCUACACGAAUGUCUGAAGAUAAUGGUCCGAUCUUUCCGACAAGAUAAUAAGGAAGUGUACACAUCGGAGACAUUGAAGAGAGUGGAAUAUUUACUGAAGAUCCACAGCAUGGAGACACGAGAACUCAUCCACCAGUAUCACUUAGAGAGGUGGCAGGAACAGCAAGCGAUUACUGAACCCAAAAUGGGCAUACUAACAGUGCGAGCGCAGUUUAUUGAAGACAAUUUAAAAAUAGAAAUUAUGAACGCCAGAAAUCUUAUGCCUACUGACUCAAAUGGUCUAUGUGAUUCCUACGUACGUGUGACUUUACUACCUGAAGAUACGUUCGCCAACGUGACGAAACCGAAAACACAGACGCACAGCAAGAAUCUGUUUCCACUCUACGAUGAAAUGUUCCUCAUUCCGCUGUCAGCAGAGCAGCGCCGCACGGCCGACGGUUUGCUGCACCUUGUGAUAAAAGACAAGGAUAUGUUCAGUAUGAGUAAUGCGUUCGUUGGCGAAGCUUACUUACACUUCGGCGAGGUACCCGACACGCCUGCGCCCAUCUCCUCCUUACCGCAGCAGCACCUGCCCCUCACCAAGCCGGAUAACAUUGAUGGUGAUGCCAUCAAGGCUUUAGAAUCUAGACAAGGUGAUAAACAAGCAAGAGAGUUCCUAAAGAAGCAGAGACAGAAGAUGCCGGCCAAACAGUUCUUUUCACUCGGCUAAUACUAGUACGUAGACAAGUAAAUCAGCUCUGAAUCACACAUCACAUAGAUUUGAACUAUUGAGCUGCAGCUCAGCAACUAAGCCGCGAGCAUGAUUUGUAGUUCGCAGAUCACGCAAAUGCAGGUAUAAGAUCUGAUCUGCGAAUCAGUUUAUCGUUUUCAUAGCAUUAUGUGAACUGAUCUUCAAGUCUUUUAUUUGUAUGGAUUACGCACGUUUCCUAAUACGGUGCUAAAAGAUUUGUCCUAAUUUUUUACAUGAUACACAUACAAUUUUGUAAGAAUUAUGUAUCUCAAUUAAAAAAAACUUUGUAACGUCUUCAUGACAGUAAUAAACAAAUUUUUUACUUUAACAUUGAGAUUGGAUACGUCCGCUAUUAGCUUUGUUCGCUGAAUGUAUGAAGACUUUAUAUGUUCUGUUAAUAGCAAGAAAUAAACCUGAAGAUAUUAAAAAAAUGAAGAUUAAUUUAGUGUAUUUUUAAUUAUAAUUGAGGUAGUUUGUAUUGUAGAAACUCAAUCUCAAAACUCUCAAAAGUAAUUUAAAACACACAAACAGAUAAAAAUGCGGAAUAUUUGAAAGUAAAGUAAAAAAUCAAUCCUUGUAUUGUUUGAAUCGAUAUAAUAUUUUUAAGUUAGCAUAAUAUUUUAAAAUCAUGCAAUAACUGUAUUUACUAUUAUGUAUUUACUUUAAAAUGACCUAAAAGAAUAUUUUUGAAGCGAUUCUUUGAUGCUGCAACUUUCAGCAUUUUAUUGCAUUGACUGGAGUCUGUAUUUGGGAAUGUUUUGUAUGUUUUCUAUUGUAAAAUUGUUAAUGUCUAAAAUAAUAAGAUGUGAGAACUUGCUGUUUUUUAUUAAAAAAACUAUCAUAGUUGUAGAUAUCUUAUAGUUAUGUUCUGUGAUAGAAAAGAAGUGCCUUAUCAGAUACUUUUUUAUUUUGUAUUUUUAAUAAAAAAGUACAUAAAUUCAAAAACUUCGAAGUGGCAUAAUGAAGUUUUUCUUUUGCCUUUUUAUGUUUGUUUCGGUUUGAAUCUGUUCUACUGUGAGUUAAUACAACGUAAUACAUUUAACUCAGGGUCUGUCCCACCAAAUUGUAAAUUGUCUGAUAACAAUCCAACGUGUAAUGUGAUGGAAAUAUCGGAUUUUGUUUC